AUGGCCUCCGACCUGCCUCCCUUCUACGUCCUCCAGGCGUCCGGCCCCGCCCUCGUGCACCCGGCCGUCGAGUACCACUACGCGGACGACGACCCGCGCGCGCUCCUGCCCCGCCGGCCCGGCGAGCAGCUCCUCGUCCUCGACUACCGCCCGCCCUCCGCCGCGCCCCCGUCCGCCCAGAGCCUCUCCCCACUCCUCGCCGUCACCGCCCUCCGUGUCAUCCCCGCCCCCGGCGCCGCCCUCGCCGACGACGCCCGCAACCCCAACCUGUACAUCAUCCACACCACUUCUCCCGACGACGACCACAGAGCAGACGACGACGAGGACCCGUCCCCGCAGGCCGUCCUCGCCCGCUUCAAACAAAGAAACGCCGUCCUCCGUCGCGCCCUCGACUACUCCGACGCCUCCAUCCAUCCCAAACCGCUCUCCGCCGCGCCCCCAUGUCUCUCUCCGCCUCCCCACUCCCGCUGA